UACUAUUUUUCUGAUUAUCCAUCUUAGCUCUGAGCCUCUGAACCUUCCAUAUCCAGGCCACGUGUGGAUCAUUUGAUGUACCAUUGGCUCUCAUUUCAUAUUUUUCGUUCCAAGCAGAAUAUCACAACUUGAGCUUAUCCAUCAUCUGAAUAUAUUGUUCCAUUCCAACUAACACAUUCUGCCACGCCUUUCACUAAUCUGAAUUCAUGGCUUUAGCACUUUCCUCCACCGCAUUGUCAAGUCUUCCAAACAGAGAAAUUCGUCAAAAGGGUUUCCCAGAAAGAACACCCACAUGCUUGAGCCUGACCAGAAGAACAAUUGCAAAUGCUACAAAAGGAGUCUCAGCUGUCUGUGAACCACUUCCUCCAGAUAGACCAUUGUGGUUCCCUGGUAGCUCACCUCCUGAGUGGCUUGAUGGCAGUCUUCCUGGUGAUUUCGGAUUCGACCCUCUUGGAUUAGGGUCUGAUCCAGAGUUGUUAAAGUGGUUCGCUCAGGCAGAACUAAUGCAUUCAAGAUGGGCAAUGCUGGCAGUGUUCGGAAUUCUGGUCCCCGAAUUGCUCGAAAGAAUCGGCUACAUCGAGAACUUCUCUUGGUACGAUGCUGGCACACGAGAGUAUUUUGUGGACCCCACAACCUUAUUCGUCGUGCAAAUGGGCCUGAUGGGCUGGGUGGAGGGUCGAAGAUGGGCCGACAUUGUUAACCCAGGGAGUGUUGACAUUGAGCCCAAAGUGCCACACGUCACGAACCCAAAGCCCGAUGUUGGGUACCCUGGUGGGCUUUGGUUUGACCCAAUGAUGUGGGGAAGAGGUUCACCUGAGCCAGUGAUGGUUUUGAGGACCAAGGAGAUCAAGAAUGGAAGACUUGCAAUGUUGGCUUUUGUUGGGUUCUGGUUCCAAGCUAUUUAUACAGGGGAAGGACCCAUUGAAAAUUUGAUGGCACACCUUGCUGAUCCUGGUCACUGCAACAUUUUCUCGGCUUUCACGCGUUAGGGCAAUGUACAGUUUGAAGAAAAGAAGACUGAAGAUAUGCGUCAGGAAUGAACAUAGUAGCUUUAUGCUGCACCAGCAAUAUCCGUUAUUUACUUUAAACAUGUACUUGGCUUCCUAAUCCAAGCUUUACAAUUGACACAAGGUUUUGAUUCUUUUAAACAAAAUCAAAUUGCAAUUGCUUUGGAUCAUUGAGGUAUUGAGGUGUCGGGUGUAAUUAAGGUAAACCUUAAAAGGAUCAUUGUAAUUUACUCUUUUUUCUAUUAAAUUACAAGAAGGGAAAUUUCGUGUAUGGUUCGAAA